ACGAUUGGAUCACAGCUUCAGAGAAACAGACAAGAGAGAGAGAGAGAGAGGGGAGGGAGAGAGAGGAGAGAGCUUCCAAUUUCUCUGCUUUUAUGAAUAUACGUGACUUGCAUUCUUUGGAUUCACCUUCCCAACUUCGUGCAUCCCGUGGCCGACUCAGAAUUUUGCAGAGGAAUCUUCCGGCUACGUUUUGGGAGUUGGGAAUUCCCAAAUCGGCAGUUUUUAGGGUUUAUGCUGCAAUCUCUGUGAAUGUUGGGGUUUUGGUUGUGAGGGGCAUUUGGGGAUCGUUAUGUUGUUGUUGAAAAGGCAAGGCGUCGAUCGCUUCCUCUUCGCAAGCUCAAAGCACCGACCUUUGCUCCUCCAUUGCCGCCAGCAGUAUACAGAGGCCAUGGCGGCUGCUUUUUUGUUUAGCCAUAGUGGAUGCAGAGGGUUUCAAACCCAAGCUCAAUGGACGCCUUCCCAUUUUUCUGCGGGCCAUUCUUGCAAGUCUGCGAAUUUUCCCGGGAAAGCUGGAAUUUUUCCUGGGAAUCUGAGGAAUACAAGCAUUGGGUGCAAUUUUGUUGUGAAGGGGUGCUUACAAUCUCAGCAUCAUCCCCACAAUCAGUCUCAUAGCAAUAGCAUUAAGCGUCAUCCCAAUGCUCAGUUGGUUCGUGAUCUUGAGCUGGACCUCCGCAGCUCGGAUACCGUUGGAUUGACCUCCUCAAAUGGUUGCCAGGAGCGCGGAGGCCGGGCCGGAAUCCCACACCAUCCUUUGCCCGGUGAUAAACUCGUUGUCGCGGUCGAUGUGGACGAGGUAUUGGGAAACUUUAUCUCGGCUCUCAACUGCUUUAUUGCUGAUCGUUACUCGUCCAACCAUUCAGUUUCGGAGUACCAUGUGUAUGAGUUCUUCAAGAUAUGGAACUGUUCACGUGAUGAAGCCGAUUAUCGUGUUCACGAGUUCUUUAAAUCAUCAUAUUUCAAGACCGGGAUCCAUCCACUCCCAGGUGCUCAGGAGACGAUUCAUAAGUUGUCAGAUUUCUGUGACCUGUCGGUUGUGACGUCUCGGCAGAAUGUAAUUAAGGACCACACUCUUCAAUGGAUCGAACAACAUUUUUCAGGGCUGUUUCAGGAAAUUCACUUUGGCAACCACUGGGCUUUGCAUGGAGAGUCCAGGCCUAAGUCAGAAAUAUGCAGGUCCCUGGGAGCAAAGGUUCUAAUCGAUGACAAUCCAAGAUAUGCACUUGAAUGUGCCGAGGUGGGGAUCAGGGUUCUACUUUUUGAUUAUGAGAACUCAUAUCCCUGGUGCAAGACGGAGUCUAUUGAUCAACACCCCCUGGUCACCAAGGUUCAUAACUGGGAAGCUGUCGAGAAGCAGCUGAUGACCAUAAACAGCAUAAUUUCAUAGUUUUUAUUACAACCCAUUGCCAGAUUGACUGCCACUUUGUCAAGAUAUGUUGAGAACAUGGAGUGCAUCAGAAGGAUGCUACAGAAAGUAUCGUUGAUGACGAAACUCCAAGUCUUUAGAGACCGGACCAAAUAGGGUUGUCCGGUGAAAGUUUUAGUAGGACAAGGGUGAGAAGUGAUAAUAUCAUAUCAUUACCCCCAACUUCUGGCAACUAGGUGUCUGAUUUCUGGAAGCCAACCCUGGAUUGGGUUUGGUUUCUAUUCCUUUUUCUCCUUAUUAUUCAUUUAGAAGAGAAUAGGGUAAAAGGAAAUUUCUUAAGUUGUAAAUAUGGAGGAUGACGAAAAUUCUCGAAUAAUCCAAAAUUUACCAUUGUUUAACUGUGUGACCUUGUUUUAUUCUUUAGGUUUGCUGGUUGUUUUGUAUUUGCCAUUACUGCUGCCAGGGGUGGGUUUGAAAAACCGAAAACUGAUUAAAACUGAACUGAUUGAAAUCGAACCCACCCCUAACUGCUGCUGCAGUUUAUUAGUAGAACGACUGAGAUGUCGAAUUUUGUUCUAA